GGCGGGAGGGAAAGAGGCGGAGAGAGAGAAAAGUGUGUGAUUAAUACAAGAAAAGUCACAGAACACCUGAACGAGGAGUGGUGGAGCCUGAAAAACAAGAUCCUAUUAAGCAGUUUCAACAUGGCGAUGUGAUCGUCUGGAGAGGAAAAGGGACAUCAUUUGCUGCUGUCAUUGUGAGGCUGCUCCCCUGGACUUGGCAUUGAGGGAAGCACCAUGGUGAGAAGGGAAGACCUGUUCCUGAGUGGAAGGAAAGUGUCUCCCUGACUGUUGAGAGGUGUGAGUCUCAGCACGUCUGCUCUCUGUGAGGAGUUGUCAUGGCAACGACUCCUCAAUUAAUGAACACAACUGUAUCUCCAACAAAUACUACAGCAAAGUCACAAGAACAAAUUCUUUAUCAAAGUGCUGGGGCAAUAGUUGCUGCCAUUGUUAUUGGCGUAAUUAUCAUCUUUUCACUGGUUCUGGUUACCCUAAAGAUGUACAAUAGACGCACAAGGACAGAAAGGGAGCUCAAGAUGAAAAGCACCAAAACCGCAACAGCCAACCAAAGCACACGAUGUAACAGCAGCAUCACAAGUCAGCCCACAUCAAUAGCAUCAAUUCCAGCUGACAUACAGUUGGAGAAUCGGUGACAGUAGAUGUGUUUUUCACCUUGGGAAAAUCAAAUGAAAUGGUUUUAUGGUUCACAACUAAAGUUAGUUCAGGACUCUGACUUGUGAAUACCAGCAGUAUGUGACGAUGUGAGAAAACAACCAUUUCUAUUGCUUGAUGACUGUACAAUCAAUUGUGUCACAGAUAUGCAACAGCAAAUACUUAGCUGACAUUUCCUGUUGAUAUGGGGGUAACCAUGGGUGUUUGAACCCAGAAAUAUCUUAGACACACUGCCCAACUUGCACAUUCUUGGAGAGAUUUCAUUUCACAGAUACUGUAUAAAGCUCCAGUCUUUACAUGGUUUGGCUCCAUAUUUCAGUUUGGAAACAGACAAACAUUAUGGUAAGAUUUUAUAUACAGCUGAUAAACCGGUAUGCAAGCUGAUAGAUGUAGUAUUUUAUACACAGACAAGUCAGCUGUGCUGACAGUCACAUAAAUAUAUAUUAUAGAAAAAGUGGUCUGCAAAAAGGCAGCUUGGUAAAGCAUAGCCAAGAUUGUUAGCAUUACAUGCUUGCAAUGGUUAAUUCACUGUACUUUAUUGGUUUCAAGCUGUAAAAUUCAGUUGUUCAAGAAACAACCUUGUGCCGCUUUGCAGAAACUGUAUAUGUCUAUAAAGAUGUUUUCACAUGCAUUCUUCCUGUGCCAUUUUGUGACAGCAGUUGUCAACAAGUUUUAUUUGAAAUCCCACUUGAAGGUCCAAUCUUUGGCCAAGGUCCCUUUUUGAAGGUCUAACAUUUGUUAGUUAGUUCAUAAAGUGAGUAAAUAUAUAGUAAACUAGUAUAGGGAAACACCAGUGUAUUUCAUUUAGUCAUAGCUUCAAUAUCUAGAAUAGCACAUUCAUAAUUACUAUAAAUCUUACCCUAACUGACCUUUAAGUUGGGCUUUCAGAUGCAUCUACAAUUUCAUGUUUCUCACAAUAGCUAGAGAAUCUAAGGCCAGGUGUCAAAAACCCUAGCAAAAUGCACAUUGAUACCAAAUUGUCUUAAUCAGUAUCACAAAAGUUUUGUAUAUCCCAGUGACGUUACCCAAGAUAGCAAUAGGAUGCAAAGUCAUUGCAAAAAGCAAUAAUAUGCAUUUUUAUUUUCAUUAGGCUAUAAUAAUAUAUAACUUUAUGACAUAACAUUAUGAAUUCCAGAAAAAUAUUAAUUUAGUGCUUUAGAAACCUAUAAUUUGCUUUUGUAAAGAUUGGUGACGUUUUACAAAAUGGGACGGACAAUCAACCCCUCGGGGUAAUGCAUGGAAGGCCUGCUGGAUACCAAACAUAUGCAUCUCAGGAACUUUUUGCAAAGUCCGAAACACUUGGAUAUUGAUUCUCAACUGUUAAGUUAUUAGACAAUAAUGCUGCUUCCAUUUCCUUCAUUUUGUUUUUAUUUGUCAAGUUGAUUAAAAACUUUCCAUUACAAAUGACAA